CGUCACGGGGAGUUAAUUUUAAACCCGGACAAGAUGGCGGCGAGGGACGCGGCGCGGCGCGCGGGCCCGGCCCGCCACCGGCCCGACCCGGCAGGUAAGCAUUAUGAAGAAGAAGAGGAGGAUGCUCUACCUGACUCAGAUGCCCUGCCAGACUCAGAUGACGAGGUGGAAUUGGAUAAGCCGCGCCCCAUACAGAUUGUCCUUGCUCACGAAGAUGACCAUAACUUUGAAUUAGAUGAAGCAGCAUUGGAAAAAAUCUUGCUUCAGGAACACAUUAAAGAUCUUAACAUAGUAGUUGUGUCUGUAGCAGGAGCUUUCCGCAAAGGAAAAUCUUUUCUGCUGGACUUCAUGCUUAGAUACAUGUAUAACAGGACUUCUCCUUGCUGGAUAGGUGGAAACACUGAGCCAUUGACUGGAUUUACAUGGAGGGGUGGAUGUGAACGAGAAACCACUGGCAUUCAGAUUUGGAGUGAAGUGUUUGUAAUUGAUAAACCUAAUGGAACAAAGGUUGCUGUACUACUCAUGGAUACCCAAGGUGCCUUUGAUAGCCAAUCCACUAUCAAAGACUGUGCAACGGUUUUUGCUCUGAGCACCAUGACAAGUUCUGUCCAGGUAUAUAACUUGUCUCAGAAUAUUCAGGAAGAUGACCUUCAACAUUUGCAGUUGUUUACAGAAUAUGGAAGACUAGCUAUGGAAGAAAUUUACCAAAAGCCGUUUCAGACAUUAAUGUUCUUAAUUAGAGAUUGGAGUUAUCCUUAUGAACAUGCAUAUGGCUUGGAAGGAGGAAAAAAAUUCCUAGAGAAAAGAUUACAGGUAAAGCAAAACCAGCAUGAAGAGCUACAGAAUGUAAGGAAGCAUAUUCACUCCUGUUUCAGUAAUCUUGGGUGUUUCCUGUUGCCCCACCCUGGUCUUAAAGUUGCAACAAAUCCAAAUUUUGAUGGGAGAUUGAAUGAUAUAGAUGAGGAAUUUAAGAAUGAACUCCGGAAUUUGGUACCAUUACUGCUUGCCCCUGAAAACUUGGUAGAAAAAGAGAUUAGUGGAUCCAAGGUGACCUGUAGAGAUCUUGUAGAAUACUUCAAGGCUUAUAUUAAAAUCUAUCAAGGAGAGGAGCUACCUCAUCCAAAAUCUAUGCUACAGGCAACAGCUGAGGCGAACAAUCUCGCUGCUGUGGCAGGAGCGAAAGACUUGUACAGUAAAGGCAUGGAGCAGAUCUGUGGGGGAGAUAAGCCUUACAUUGCCCCAUCGGACCUCGAGCGGAAGCACCAGGAUUUCAGAGAGACUGCUAUCAGGCAGUUCCGCUCCGUGAAGAAGAUGGGAGGGGAGGAGUUCUGUCGGCGCUACCAGGAACAACUUGAAGUGGAAAUCGAUGAGAUCUAUGCAAACUUUGUGAAGCACAACGAUGGCAAAAACAUCUUUUAUGCUGCUCGUACCCCUGCCACUCUAUUUGCAGUCAUGUUUGCCAUGUAUAUAGUCUCAGGACUGACUGGGUUCCUCGGUAUGAACUCCAUAGCUACCCUGUGUAAUCUCGUGCUGGGGAUGGCUCUUAUAUCGUUUUGUACGUGGGCGUACGUUAAGUACUCUGGGGAAUUCAGAGAAGUUGGAACAGCCAUCGAUCAGAUUGCUGAAGCUAUAUGGGAACAGGUGUUGAAGCCCAUGAGUGAUAAUUUGAUGGAGGAUCAUAUGAGGCAGUCUGUAAAAAACUCUAUCAAAGCAGGCCUGACCGAGCAGGUGGCUCACCAUGCCAGACUAAAGACAGACUGACAGUUCGUCUCCUCUUCAACUCUACCCUCUCAUCCUAGACAUGCUUGCUGUACCAUGAGAACUCAAAUAUAAAAAAUAAAUAAAAAUAAACCAAAGUUUACAAUCAACUGUAGAAGUAGUUUAGUGUGAUUGGCUUCACAGAUUGCUGCCAUCACCAGGGAAGAGUAAGUUUGUCAGUGCUCAGCUUCUCAGACAAACUGGUGCCGUGGAGGCUGCCGGGGGUGGGAGGGAGGGUGGGUGUCAGUUUUACAUAUAGGCCCGGUGAACUGUGUAUGUGUGUGUUUGGGGGUGAGGAAGAGGGGAUCUUCCCCCAGUGUUUUGAGUCUACGCAGUCUCUGGCUUACAGGGGAAUCUGUCCUCUGCAGGAGCUGAUUUCAGGGAAGUGUCAUGAUCAGACCCACACAAGGUGUGCUCUCACCAAAUGUACCCAGCUCUGCACCAUCCCCUCGCCACCUCUACAAGUGUUUCUGUGUAUCCAGUCGGUGGAGCCAUUAGAGCACCCACUACAUUACAAUACAUAUCUUGCUUUAUUGCCUUUUAUACCAGUGUUACACAGAUGCAUGUGUUGGUUCCUCAUGCUGCUGAUGGCAGGACUGGAGUGUAAGGGAGGCAGUGGGUCAGAGCAGAGCAUGUGUUGCCUUGAACUCGCAGACCUGGUCCCAAGGGAGGUGCAUAUUGGAACUUGAGCUGUCUUUUUCUGCAGUUUAGCCUUCAUGUAUAUAAUAUUGCCAUUAAUUCUACUGGGGGAGAAAUUCCAUCCAAAAAUGUUGCCUACAGCUACCAAGCAAUGAGUUAGGAUUGUCUGUACAGUGUGUUUAGUUUUUAUUUUUUAAGAAAUCACAGAUAGGGCAUGUAUAUGAAAUAUAAAUAUAUAAAUACAAUUUUGUAUCAAAGUUUUGUAGUUUAUGGCAAAACCUGGUUCUGUGGUAGCUAAGUGCAGUUCCUGUAAAGGAAUGUUUGUGGCUCAUGUAAAUGUGUGAAUGCAUCAACAAUUUGAAGUUUUUUGAUAUAUUUGUGAUAUUUACCUGCCUUGAGCACUGCAAUCUCUCACCCCCUUGGGAAAAUCAGUGGGAAUGUUUGUUGUGAAACUCUUGUCUUCUGUUGCAUUUUAAAGUUAUUUCCUGUAAUUUAUUUUCAGUACAUGAUUAAAAUCAGUUGUGUAUAUAUGAAA